GCUGUAUCAAGUGCUUCCACCUACCCAGCUGGAGUUUCCGUGUUAUCCGAAAACGCCAUUGAAGGGCCUCUCGCAGUCACCGGUGCUCUGCCGUUCUUGGGAACCGUGGCUCUAGAAGGAGCUGUGCCAACUGCCGGUUCUGGUGCAAUCAACUACGGCUGUGGCAAUGGAGCCGUCGCCAUAUUGGCUGAGGACCUCGCCCCCGCUGGCAUCGCUGGUCCACUCGGCUACGGCAUCGGUGCCCGGGGUGCUGAAGGUUUCGGCUACGGUCCUUAUGGCUAUGGAAUCAAUGGCCUUGCUGGACCCUUCCGUGGCGGCUGUGGAUGUGGCGCAUUAAUCUAAAGACUGGCUUUAGACUGCGUGAUGAAACGUUGUCUAUUUUGGUAAAAUCUGAUGGCAUUAAUUUGAAAUGACUUAACAAAUCAAAUAAAAUUCAUAGUAUAGAUAA